UUUGCCCCCUCCGGGGUCAGCCUCUGCGGCUCUGCCCGGGGCCGGGGGGGAUUUGAGCCUCCCCAAGGCCAAGAAGCGGACGGAGCCGGUGCGGAUCACGGUGCCAGAGCUGCAGGAGGGAGAUUCAGAUUCAGAGGAAGAUGAACCAGCAAAGAAGAAAAAUACCGUUCAGGCACGCGGCGAGGGCUCUGGCUUGUCUGCUCUGCUUCCUCAACCCAAAAACUUGACGGUCAAAGAGACCAACCGGUUACUUUUGCCCCACGCUUUCUCAAGGAAAGCAGGAGAAAACGCCUCCGACUCCAAGCCCGCUAAGCCCCCGAGCUCUUCCUCCAAACCCAAACCUCUCUCCAAGCCGGCGGUGCCCACGACUCCUUCUCCAUCCGCCAUCAAAGCCGCUGCCAAGAGCGCUGCCCUGCAGGUCACCAAGCAGAUCACGCAGGAGGAGGACGACAGCGACGAAGACGUCGAGCCAGAGAACUACUUCUCCUUGUCCGACAGGAGCGAGCCCGCCCUCGUGGGCGCCGAGACCUACCCCUACGCGGCCACGGUGGUGGCGGAGGACCCGCCGCCCGGCACGGAGCCGGAGCCUGCGGCUAACGCCCCUCUGGAAUUCAAGACGGGCGCUGGUUCCAGCGGUGCUCAGCACAGCUGGGCACCCAAACCCGUAGAAGACUACAAAAUCCAUUGUGUCUGGGACACGGAGCAGAGCCCCGCAGCACUUAGCGCAGCUGGAUUCUUCCAGGAUUACUACAGCGGGGGGUACUACCAGGAGGCGGAACCGGCCCAGGCACCGCCGCAGGAGAUCAGCACCGACUCCUCCUUCAUCGAUGACGAAGCGUUCAAGCGGCUGCAAGGCAAGCGGAACCGAGGGAGGGAAGAAAUCAACUUUGUGGAUAUCAAAGGUGACGAUCAGCUGAGCGGAGCCCAGCAGUGGCUGACCAAAUCCUUAACGGAGGAGAAGACCAUGAAAUCCUUCAGCAAGAAAAAAGGAGAUCAGCCCACGGGGCAGCAAAGGCGAAAACACCAGAUCACGUACCUGAUCCACCAG